GGCUAAAAUGCCUCAGUCUCCAUGUCAUCCACUGAUUGCCAGUUGACAGUCCAAGGGCAAAUCAACCGAUUAUCUUAUCAUUAACCUUCCGUCCAUCGUCUCGCUCCCCUCUAUCUUUCUCAAACUUAUCACCAAUCUAUCCAUCCAACACCACCACCACUACCACCUCAAGAAAUACACUCUCGCCACAUUAACCCGGCGAUACUCAAUUUGCCUAAAUGUCUCCCCUGGCCUCGCUUCCUCCCUCUCCUCCAUCUCGUUGCUCAUCCCAUCGCAAUCCCGUUUACCGCUUCGUUCCCCCGGACCACAACCAUUCACCCAGACCGAUAUACCAAUCUUCAGGAUCACUUGGUUUCAGUCAACAUGCCUGCCUACUAUCAACGCCUUCUCCUAGCCAUCAGCCGUCCUCUUAAGCUUGAGAAUGCGACGCCAUCCAUCCAAAGCCUCGCCACGCAGCCUCUCAUAUCAACCCCGGUGACCCCGUUUCCUGCUACCCCCCGGCCCCCGCCGCACCGAACGGAAUUCCACGUCAUCAAUCCACGAACUGGUCUCCUCUCGAAUCCUCAAGAUAUGCACAGUAGUGUCUAGGCCUUGUGUCGACCAAAGCUCAUUUCAAGCUCACAACUCGACUGAACUGAGCUUCAAAAGCCCCCUCGCCCGUUACAACACCGCUACAGCAACCUUCA